UUUUCCUUUUGCAUUGAAACGUAAGAAUUCACACGAUAAAGAAUGACUCUUCUGUGAGCAAAACAAAUGGAGGAAAUUGCCAUCAACAAACAACCAGAGAGGAGUGACAUAAUUUCGAAUUGUGAAGAUUCACCAAGUAUAGAGGAAAAAAAGCAGAUGGCCUUGUCAGGAAGUUCCAUAAAUAUUCCUCAAGAAGGUGACAGAGCUUUCAGGGCAAUUUCAGAGGGUAAGUUUGGGGAGCAUGAAGCAAAAAGAGUCUUUGAGAACAAGGCUGCAUCUUUGAUGAGCACUGGAUUAAGUCAGCUAGGAAGUUACUCUUCAGGAAGUGACUCUGAAGAAGACUCCCAGGCUCCUGCUGAGGCUUGUCAAACAAAAAGUGAGACAUCUAAUGAGAAGAAUUCACAAUCAGAAACUGUUUCCCAAAGUUCCGUUACAGUAGGAAAAACAACAGAGCAUCAGGAACAGGAUUUGAAGGAAAACUUGAAUAUUCUUGAGAAGGCUAUGGAAUGUACGAAACAGGGAGAACAAAGUAUUGUGCAGCAUAAAUCACAUGAAAGAGAAUUAUCGGAUGUCCAAAAUGCACAAGACGGCAAAGUAGAAAUAUUGCUUGGCACUAAUCAAGACAAGACAUCGGAGGAUUUACAGAGUGUUACCUCCUCAUUGUCAGAGAACAGUGACCAGAAGAUGAUAGAUCACGAUGUUGUGUCAGAAGAAACUGAUGUGUCUGAAAAAAUAGGAAUGCCAUCAGAAAGAAGCCACAGGUCAGAAUCAACAGGAUUUGAAGUAGAAGAGCCAGUAGAUAUCCCUACUGGUUUAAGAAAGCCAUCUAGAGUGGAGGUUAUUGAUGAGGAGUCUAAUUCAAGCUUUAUCAAACUUGACAGUAAAAUGAAGGACUCCCCAUCAGAAUGUGACAUUCCACCAUCACCUUAUGGAGUUUCAGAAAUCUCAGAGACACCUGGACCACCAUCUCCCACCUCUAUUAUAAGUAAUGGUGACAGUGUUUCCUUGCAAGCGUUUGACAAUUUUGGACCCCCAACUCCCUCAUCUGUGGCAGAGAGCUCUUCAAUGGGACCCACUCCAUCAAAACGGUCCAGAUUGGCUGUGUACACACCAAGUCAAGAACACAUUACCGCAAAUAAGUUGUUUGAGUACCAGUGGCCGACGGACAGUUCUGGAGAAUAUUAUAUGCUACAAGAACAGGUGUGCGAGUACCUAGGGGUCAAGUCAUUUAAACGCAAGUACCCAGAUUUGUUUCGGAGACAAGUGGACAUUAAGGAGAGGGUUUUUCUGAUGGAGAAGGGUGUGGUCACAGAGAGUCAAGCUGACCUUGGGCUUACUGCACUUAAGAGUGAUGAAGUAUGUGACCUGAUGCACAGAGAUUAUCCCUCUAUGUACCAGGAAUAUGCAGAGGUCUUACAUGAACGUCAAAAACAGAAAAUCAGCGAAAAACACAAGGAGUAUGAAGUGCCAAAAUUGGAAAAGAGUAAGAUGAGUAUGUACAUCAAGAAAGCCAUGAAAUCGGCAGCUGAGUGGAAUUCUAACUUCCAGAAAGAAAGGCGAGAAGAGAGAAAGGCUUACCUUGACCUUCAAACAUUUAACAUUCACUACCCUAAGGGCCGUUAUAAGGUGCUACCCAAAGAGCUGACGAAGCCCAAUACCUAUCCCAUCUCAUUAAUACCAGGACAAUUCCAGAAUUACUUUAAGAGGUACUCCCCUGAUGAGAUUAAGUAUUUACCCAUGAACACUGCUAUGUUUAAUCCCCCCAAACAAAUGGGGACUACUUUAGCAAACCCCCAAGAGCAAGCAGAGCCAGAGACUGCAUCAGAAGAGGAUGAAAAUGCAUCGGGGUCAGAUUCGGACUCUGAUGAUAGCAGUAGUGGUUCAGAGGGGACCAGUGGAGGGGAAGAUGGGGAGAAAAAAACAGGUGAAACAAAGGAAGCAGCCCCAGUUGAUCCCAGCAUUUGUUCUAUUUGUAACCAGAGUCAAAAUGAAGAGGUCAAAAGUGAAGCUGAUCUUGUUGUGUGCUCAGAAUGUAGCAAGGGAGGACACCCCGGCUGUUUAGAUCUGACCAAUGAGAUGGUGGUGGUCAUUAGGACGUACCCCUGGCAGUGUAUGGACUGUAAGACGUGUGUGGAGUGUAUGGAUCCAUAUGACGAGGACAAGAUGAUGUUCUGUGACCUUUGUGACCGGGGUUACCACACCUUUUGUGUGGGGUUAAAGUCCAUCCCCACAGGCCACUGGAAAUGUAAGAGUUGUAAAGGACCAGAGACCCCUAAACCAUCCAGGAACAGCAAAACUCCCAGAUCCUCCUCUAAAGGCACUGGAAGAAAACGAGGAAGACCUCCUCUGAAAGGGAAAGACAAGAAAAAGUCCAAAAAGAAGUCCGAACCAAAAGAAGAAAUAGAAGUAGCUGAGGAGGACACUACAGAAACAAAAGAGGGGGAGGAUGAGGAGGGGGAGGAGGGGGAGAAGGAGGAGAAGGAGGAGGAGGAAGAAGCUGAGGAGAUGGAGACAGAGGAAUCUCAGGAGUAG